AUGCUUCCACAAGUAAAUGCUAAAGCUGAACUCACAGUACAUGCGACCACAUACCAGUCUGCCAAUUCUUCGAGACAGCUCACUGCUUCAAAACGGUGUGCAGAAGACGCGGAGCUUCCGUACCCGCCUGGUAAAUCUCGCAGAUUGGAAUUCAUGAAAUACCGGAUUCCAAUGCAUCUUGAAGCUGCAUGCAACUUCCUUACGCAGAGAUCGGCGAAGGGAUACCGAUAUUAUACCAUCGGCGAUUACUCGAAGGCUGCGAAUGAGUACGAAACGUUACUGGGUAGCCGCUCUGGGUGGGGAAAAUCUAUCGAGGAUGAUAACCUUGUAAUAAUUCAAUCAAUUUUCAAUUUAACACGAUGCUAUCUAGCGUUGGGUGAUGUUGGUAAGGCUCAAAUCACAUUACAAGAGCUGUAUGAUACAAAAAAUCGAACAGCAAUAGGCUGGAGCCAUUCCCUUUUUAACGAGCUUGCCAGCCUUCACUCUGUAUGUAAAGCGGAAUCAGCCGAAGGACAGGAUACCAACGUGACUUCACAAGAUCCUAAAGUUGCGAUACUUGAGCGUAGUCUGCGAGCUGUACAACGGCGUACUCAGCUCAUGAAACGUAAUGGAAACGUCGGAGGGGCUGUGCAACUCAUUUCCGAAAGCCUUGGAUCCCUUUCCAUUGAUGUGGGCCAGCCGGAUGGAACUCUCAAAGACCUUCUUGUUGAUCUUCACCUAAGUCUUGCCGAAGGGUAUAACUACUUGGGCCAACCUGCUGCAGCACUGUCAUCAUUGAAGCAG